AUGCGUAUUUUUAGGACCUUGUCCAUCGGCGCCGGGGUGCUCAGUAUCGCGGAGGCCUUUCCUGGCCGCGCCCAAAGCUUCGUCAAAAGGCAGAUUACCGACCUUCGGGACGAUGGUUAUGACUUUGUUAUCAUUGGCGGUGGCACCGCAGGUCUCACAGUGGCUGACCGCGUCUCGGCUGCCUUCCCGGAAAAGUUCGUCCUGGUGAUCGAGUACGGCAAGAUUGAGGAGACCGUCGGCUGUUUUGACCCGUCCGAGGACGGCCGUGGUGCCAAUCGCCUUGUCAUCACCUCCCCCCCGGUCGCUAGCGUCAACAAUCGCUCUGCCACCGUCAUCCUAGGCAUGACUGUCGGAGGCGGAUCCGCAGUCAACGGCCAAUUCCUGGACCGCGGUUCGCGGCAUGACUAUGAUGAGUGGGCGCGCCUCGGCAGCCCACAGUUUGACGACAGCCCCCACCAAUGGGACUGGGAGAACUUUGGUCCCGCGUUGAAGAAGGUCAGCUUCCUGCUUAUCUCAGCCCCUCCCGUCCAUCUGCCUCUUCUGACGAUCCCUUAUCAGUCAUUGUUUCUCACAGAGCCCAGCCAUGAGCUCGUUGAGGAGUACGGCUACACCUGGGACGCCUCCCAAUUCGAGGGCGAGGCCAUCGACGCUUCAUUCCCGCCUUUCCAAUGGCCAAUUCAGAAGUUCGGGUGGAAGGCGUUCGAAGAAUUCGGUCUCGAGAGCCCCGUGACCUGUGAUAACGGCGACAAGUAUGGCCUCUGUUCGGUUGCCACAGCCCAGAACUCAGCGACAGUCGAGCGCUCCCACGCCGGCGUCGGUCACUUCACCAGGAUCGCCGACUCACGACCCAACCUCGACCUCCUCGUCGAGCACAAGUUUCGCCCUGUCUCCGGCAGCAAGGGCAGGGUCCGUACUAUCCGCCCCCGCCACGAGGUCGUCUUGUCCGCCGGCGCGAUUCACACCCCCCAGAUUCUGCAGCGCAGCGGUGUCGCCUCAGCCGCCUACCUCGAGUCCGAGGGAAUCAAGGUCGUCGAAGACCUCUCUGGGGUCGGCCAGAACUUCCAGGACCACUGCGCCGUGCCCAUAACGUUCUCCUUCGAGAAUGCCCCCUCCCCAAACGAGGCCGACAUCACGACGAACACCACCUACGCCGCUGAGGCCGUCGCCCAGUUCCGCGAGCGUCCCGCCCGCGGCCCCUACACCCUCGCUAUGGGCAAUAGCGCUGCCUACGUCGCCCUCCAGAACGUCACUGCUCAGUGGCAGCACAUUGUCGCCGACAUCCGAGCCCAGAUUGCCGACGGCUCCGCUCUGCAAUACCUCCCCGCUUCCGCAGACAACACCGUUCAGACCGGCUACCUCGCCCAGCUUCAGGCUAUUGCCAAGGCCUUGGAAAACCCGGAGCACCCCGUUCUCGAGAUGCCCUUCCACGCCGCGCCCAGCAUGGCCUUUCUCCUCAAGCCUCUGAGCCGCGGCUCUGUCGUCCUCGAUCCCGCUGACCACGACGCCACUCCUAUUGUCAACUACGCCACCGGCACCAACCCCGUCGACCUUAAUAUCAUGAGCUCUUACAUAGACUACUUCCGCCGCCUUUAUGCCAUCGACACCUGGAAGGACCUCGGCCCAGUAGAAGUCGCACCCGGCGCCAACGUCACCCAGCACGCGGCUCUCUUAGACUGGGUCAAGGAUAACGUCGUUCAGUCACUGAUGCACCCCUGUUGCACCGCCGCCAUGCUACCCCGCGAGAAGGGCGGUGUUGUGGACUCGAGCCUUGCUGUUUUCGGCAUCUCUGGCCUCCGCGUCGCCGACUGCUCUAUCAUUCCCACUAUCCCCGCGAGCCACACCACUACGACGGCGUAUGCAAUUGGUGAGAAGGCUGCGGAGAUUAUUAUCAGCAAGUGGAGAUAG